GAAGGGAUGGCAAACUGGCAUUGUUGACUUUUUGGCUUUUACAUUUUUUUUUUUUUGGAUUAUGCUCAAAAAAACUUGUCAAGUUCAUUUUCUGCAUUUUUGCUAAAGUUAGAGGUGCUUUGAUCGAUGAUCUUGUUGCUCUGACAACUUUCGUCGUGCUUUUCGCAAGCUAUAAAGUUUUCUUUUGGCAACUCUCACGGACCGGACCCUCUUUUCUUUCUGUCUCUGAUUCAUUUGAGUCAGCAACAACGUCAGAAAGGGGGACAAGAAGAAGAAAUUUUGUACCAAAGAAAAAAAAAGUCUACGAAAAGAACACAAUUAGCACAACGCCAAACCUGAACGGGGCUUGCUGGAGAAGAAGAGAAGAAAAAAGCACAAUACAACAUUAUAGGGAUUCAACACAAAGGCAUAGGGGCCCGACCUGCAAAUAGUUCGCAACACCCAUUGAUUGGAUUUUUGUUUCUCAACCGAUAUCCAUCCGAAAACAAGGCAAAAAAAAAAAAGAUGAACUGCCCAUCGCGCACCGACGAGCCGCCAUUGACGGACCAUCCUACGUGGAACCAGAAUCCACCCUUCCUGUCGGGCGACCUGACGACCUGCCAGGAUCUCAAUGGCAUCGCCAAUGCACGUGAGCACCGCGACGGGUCCGGAGGCGCCGCCGUAGCCGACGAUGAUCGCGGUGAGAAGGGGAUGCGGAGGGACGGCUGGGCCGUUGCUGAUCGCCUGCCCGUCGACGCCGAGGGGCGGAAGGGGUUGGCUUGGGGAUGGGGCACUUUUAGUGUAUCCCAUUCCCAAGUCAAUGGAGUGACUGGCGGUGAAGGCCAUUCACUCUCGAUCGCGGCAGGCGGCGGCGGCCUCGGCGCCGUCGCUGCUACCACCGCAGCGCCCCCUGCACCAUGUUCUGUUUUCGGCUGGCUCUCCUGGACCGCAUCGGUCUUGGUCUGCGCAGCCAUCAUGUCGGCCUCUCGGCUGCCAGAAUCCGUCCUGGGAGGACUGUUUGGAAUCACUGAACCUGGUUUUAUUUCUCCAAACACGUCCACCACCAUCAUCACCGACACCCGUGUAACCGACAGCAUUCCGCUCCGCAAGCGAUCAACAUGCGCUACGGGUGGCUUCCUCUCCGAGGAGGAGUACAACACGCCGCUGCACGUCGGCGCGCUGCUCAUCAUCCUGACGGUAUCCUUUGCGGCAUGCGCCUUCCCGAUUGUGGCCUCGCGCAUCCCGCGCCUGCGGCUCCCCGCCCGCUUCUUCUUCGCCGUGCGCCACUUUGGUACCGGCGUCCUGCUGGCCACGGCGUUUGUGCACCUGCUUCCGACCGCCUUUACGCUCCUGGGGAACCCAUGCCUAUCGAGCUUCUGGGUUGAAGAUUACCCCGCAAUGCCGGGCGCCAUCGCCCUCGCCGCCGUCUUUUUCGUCUCCGUCAUCGAGAUGGUUCUGCAGCCCGCAAGGCACUUGACCGAGGCGGCCGGGUCGUCUUCUACCGGUGGAGGCUGCAUGAGCGCUGCUGCCGUGUUGCAUCAGCAGGAGCGGCUGCGGAGGCCCGUUGAGCCGGCCCAGGACACGUCCUCCGAUGAUGUAAACGCCGCUGUUGCGGAGCGACCCAUGUCGAUGGAGAUGCGGCCGGCGGCCGGCAACACAAACUCUUUGGGUCGACAGCUCUCUAACAUCGGGCAAGCCUCCGAUCAGAACACGACCGACGUCACGCCUACGCCCGAUGGGCAAGCCGGUAACAGGAUUGGCGACAAGUCGGUGGUUGUUGACGAGGAGAACCGCUUCCCGGCGGGAGCUGAUGGCCAUCUCCAGCUGACGCCGCAGCAGCAACACCAGAAGGAUGUGCUGCAGUGCAUGAUGCUCGAGGUCGGCAUCUUGUUCCACAGCGUCUUUAUCGGGAUGACGCUGAGCGUGUCGAUUGGGCACGAGUUUGUCAUUCUGCUCAUCGCCAUCGCUUUUCACCAAACCUUUGAAGGAUUGGCGCUUGGUUCGAGGAUCGCAAACAUCAAGUGGGACAAGGGUUCAUGGCAGCCUUGGAUGAUGUCGCUGGCGUAUGGGUGCACAACGCCGCUUGGUCAGGCGAUCGGCAUUGCGACUCACAGGCUCUACAACCCAGAGUCCGAGUUCGGCCUCGUCCUUGUCGGCACCAUGAACGCCAUCUCGUCGGGUCUGCUGGUGUUUGCGUCGCUGGUGGAGCUGCUGUCCGAGGACUUUCUCAGCGACGAGAGCUGGCGCAUCCUCCGCGGUAGGCGCAGAGUCGGGGCUUGCUUUCUGGUGCUGUUUGGUGCCAUCGGCAUGAGUCUCGUUGGGGCCUGGGCUUGAGAGAAGGCAUGUGGCCAGUCAACUUAAACUUGAGGAGGCGGAAGUUUUUAGCUUGAAUCUUGCGGUGAGGUCAAGAUCAGGCACCGGAGAAGCUCGUUUGAGGAAGAUGGGGGUUUGAAGCCCGAUAUUCUCUGCUUCGAGCAGAAUGCUUAUAUUUCUUGGAUUAGGGUGAGAGAUUGGUGGAAAUGAUAGUCUUAUACAUGGCAAGCAUGGUUGUGAGUGCAUUGCUUCAUUAUUGUAGCUUGCAGGGUCAAUAAAAAGAAGACGCGAUUUGAGGUCCG